CGCAUGUUUGCAUUUUAAAGUGUUUUGUCUGCGUGCUACUGAACGACGAGCUUCUUGCAGUUUCGAGCCUUUGCGUUUAAUUUGUUAGCGUUAGCACGCGAAAGUAAUACGCGAUGCUUGAGCCGCUACUGUGUGCGCUCGACAAGAAGAGAAUCGUUCUCGCCAGUGCAUCACCACGACGAAAAGAGAUACUCAACAUGCUGGGCUUCCGUUACGAUGUCGUGGCGUCCAACUUCGAGGAGAAUCUCGACAAAAAUGCAUUUGCCAUUCCGGCAGACUACUGCGUGCGAACGGCUGAAGGCAAAGCAAGAGAUGUCGUCAGAGUACUACAAGAGAAAAAUGAGCCAGUUGAUUUGGUGAUUGGCGCUGACACCGUUGUCGUGAAAGGCAACAUGCUUUAUGAGAAGCCAAAGGACAGCAGUGAUGCCGAACGCAUGCUGAAUGAACUCAGUGGACAGGGACACAUUGUCCAAACCGGUGUCGCCCUUAUUUAUCGAUGCAAAGAUGAUUUCAGAUGUAAAACCUUUCAUGAUACAACUGAAGUGUUCAUGGCUCCUAUGUCACAGGAAAUUAUCAAAGCAUAUGUACUUACGGGUGAACCACUUGACAAAGCUGGAGCCUAUGCUAUUCAAGGGAAAGGAGGAAGUCUGAUAGAGAAGAUAGUUGGUGACUUCUACAAUGUUAUGGGCUUCCCUCUACACAGGUUCUGCAAGGAACUUGGUGACCUUUAUGCAAGACUUGACAAUGUAAAAUAAAACGAAAAAUUUUGGCUACACUGAAA